AGGGGCGGGAACUUUGCGUAAGUGUCCGCCAUUCUUAAAGCAGUUUGUGAAGAACAAACAGUCUCGUUGUUCCGCAUAAACAAGGUAAAACGUGGUGCCAGCGUUUUGACUGUUAUUUUUGUCCGGAGUCCACAGCACCAUGUUCGGCAGCUGGUGGAGCAGUGAGCCGGUGACCCACGGGCUGGUGGUUCUGUUCGCCAUGGGGUCCUGGAUUUCCGUCAACAGUCUGUGGGUCGAGCUCCCGGUGGUAGUCAACGUGCUGCCCGAAGGCUGGAAUCUUCCUGCCUACAUCUCAGUGCUGAUAGCAUUUGGGAACAUAGGUCCAGUAGCAGUCACCAUCACUCACCACUGUGCUCCGGGACGUUUAAAUGAACGCAUCGUCAUCCACUGCAUCCAGGCGCUGGCUGUGGUGUCCUCCAUUCUUCUGGCCAUCUUCUGGUCACACACCGUCACAAUAGCUGGAGAGGAAAGGUCUCUGCCUUUCCUGCUCUUCACCUUUCUGCUGUCUUUUGUUUGCUGCACAUCCAACGUCACCUUCCUGCCUUUCAUGUUUAGUUACCCUCAACAGUAUAUUCGUACGUUCUUCAUCGGUCAGGGCCUCAGCGCCUUGGUCCCUUGCGUUGUGGCCUUAGGGCAAGGCGUUGGCAAGCUGGAGUGUAAAAUCGUGAAUGGCACGGUGCAUCCCGAAUAUUUAAAAGAGAACUUUCCUGCACAGAACUUCUUCUGGUCCUUGUUUGUCAUGCUGGCAAUCUCAGCUCUGAGUUUCCAGGCUUUAAUGCGAAGACAGAUAAGGUCACAGGAAGAUGCACCCUCACAGGAGUCCGAGAAUCCAGCACCGGUGAAAAACGGAAUAGAAACAGAUCUGCUACACAACGGAGGGACCCCGGUGUCUGAGGACCUGGUUCAGAUUGAGGAAGCGUCACAGACAUUUUGGACCAACAGGAACGUCUUCCUGCUGUUUCUGCUCGCCAUCUCAAACGCCCUCACCAACGGCGUACUGCCGUCUGUGCAGAGCUUCACCUGUUUGCCUUACGGGACCAUGACCUUUCACCUGUCCGUCGUCCUCGGCAACAUAGCCAACCCCGUGGCCUGCUUUGUAGCGAUGUUUGUUGUUCUAAGGUCCUCCACUGGUCUCAGCAUCCUGUCUGUAGCGGGGAUUGCAUUUGCUUCGUAUCUCAUGGCAUUGGCAGCAAUCAGCCCCUGUCCUCCUCUCCUGGGAAACCCUGCAGCAGUAGCUUUAGUGGUCAUCUCCUGGAUUAUUUUCACCGGCCUCUUCUCCUAUGUGAAGGUGGUGAUCGGGACUAUGCUUCACGAGGCGGGUCACUCUGCCCUGCUGUGGUGUGGAAUCUCCAUCCAGGCCGGCUCACUGAUCGGAGCCCUCACCAUGUUCCCUCUCAUCAACAUCUACCAAGUGUUUGAACAGGCCCAAGAUUGCGUGAAUAACUGCACGUUGCAGGAGUGAGAAAUGUAAGAAUUUAUAAAGGCUCAAUUCCCAUUUAUACGUAAAAGAAUGACUAUUUUAACACUGUUUAACGGCUCCGGAGUGAGGAAUCGUAUGAAGUGAUGAAGACUCCUCUCCUGAUGCAGAGGCAUCUGAGCCUGAGACAACAUUCCCAGAUAAUGGAAGCUUUGUAUGCUGCACUUUGGCCAGAGGGAAGUAAAAAGCAUAUGAUGCCGUUAUACCACUAGUGCUUUGUGUGGUAUUUUGAAUCCCUGUAGUUGUUUACUGUUGCAAACACAGCAGCUGAUGGAUUUUCUCCCAACACAAGAGUCCAUGUGAAAAGCUCUUUACUCAGGGACACAAUCAUUGACUUAUUCAUUUACAUGUGCUGCUCCUAAGUAUGAUUCAUAAGAAAUAUUUAAACUGUUGGUCGCUUCCAUACAAGAAGUGUUUUAAUUGAAUCUUUUUUUAAUGACAUGAGUUUUUUCAAAAUGUUGCCUACCUCUUUCCUUUUGAUUCCGUUAAAGCACAUAAUGCCCUUUUGUCUGAUAUAAACUUAAGCAGUUACAUAAACUAUUUUAUCAAUGCCAAACAUUUUUCUGCCUGAAAGAUGUUAAACUUUUCAAAAGAAGUACUCACAAUGAAAACGAUCCUUUACACUUGACAAUGUUUCAUAAUGCUCUAUAUGUUGGUAUAAUGUGUUGGUAUAAUGUGUUGGUAUACUAGUUUAUUUACUAGUAAUUUAGAUUUUCAUUGAUUCCAAAUGUACAUCGAUGUGGUGCUAGGGAACGAUAGCUGGCUUUGAUGGGGAGUAAAGAAAUGCAGUUUCAGUCAACUGUUACAUUGUCAUGGCAGUCACUGAAUUAAUUAUUGAUAUCCUUGAUACGCAUAAAUUCCUUGUAGGGUAAUUGUUUCAACUAUGCUGCUACAGUAAAUCUCAUUUAAUAACUGAAUCAAACUCUACAGACGUUUACAGAACAUUUGUUCAUGUUGCCUUAACUUAAUGGUUGCAAUCCCACAUUUCUAAUCUAUCAAUUAUCUGUUUAAUAGUCAAAGUCCACUUUAUUGUCAAAGUUUCCACCUGUGUUAUACAUACAGACAAUUGAAAUACCGUGUCUGGCAGUCCCACAGUGCAAAUAUAAACAAGAACAUCUAACAUAAAAAGAUAAGAGCCUAGAACAAAAAGGGGGGGGGGUAAAAAGGGGUAUACAUUUUUUUUGAAAUGGUGCCAUGUGUGUGCCCUCUUUAAAUGUGUUGGAAGUUAAAUUAUGUUUAAGGUUUUUUCUUCAUGUCUGGUGAUUUUCUUUGGUUGAUUUUCUUAUUUGAGUUGAUAUUGAAAUGGCUGAUGUGUUUAUUUUGAAGGUUGUGGAACAACUUGUAAACAAAUAUUUGUUGAAAAUGUUUUUUGGUGGUAAAGCUGCAGUAUUAUCAAGCUUUCAAAUUCAUUAAAAAUCAUCUAUAAAGAAAA